GGCCAUUUUGUGAAGGAAGAAAUAAUUGAAAACAGUUAACCAGAUUUAACUAUGGCUCAAAAGGAACGAGAAAACUUCUAUAGAAAUUCAACUGUAAUAGUCGACCAUGGAAAGGAAUCGCUGUCAGCAGUUCUAGACAAUGAAUUGUCAAACACAAAUAUGACCUUUGAAGAUUUCAUCAACAAACAUCAGCAUGAUAUUUAUCAUCUUUGUUACAAUAAAAACCCCUGUUGCAAAUGUCCAGGUGGACGGUUUGUACCAACAACUCAAAGUAGGAUUAUACAUCCAGACCAACUUGAUAUAUUGCUAGAUAAAUGUGGGCCAACCCUGCAUGGACACAAUCCAAAUAUAGCUCGAAAGUCUCAACAUUGUUGUCGUCCAGCAAAAUCAUCCUUGUCAUAUACUAAUCUAGAUAUCACCUUACUACGCUGUUUGUUGAUCAAUUUUGCAAAAAACUGCCAAACAAAUUCUAUCCUUAGGCAAGAUAUAGAAGAUCUUGUUAAAUGUAGAAACAAACUGUAUGGCCAUGUACAGGAAGCAAGAGUUACCGAUACUGACUAUACAAAGUACAAAACUGAUGUAGAAGGUAUUAUUCUUCGAAUUGCUCGAUUCUGCAAUAUUGAAAACGAAAUGCAGCAAAAACUAAAUGAUGUUUCUCAGAGACCUUUGGAUGAGACUAUACUUAUACAGUACCAAAAUACAUUGAUGCAACAGAGUUUAUACGACAGGAAUAUUGAAGAGAAAGUUGAUAAAUUGCAACAACAUCUGACUGCACAAGAUGAAAGACUGGAUUGUCGUAUGGGCAUAAUCGAAGGCCAAGUUAGCGAAGUGGACUACAGAAAGAGAAAUAUCAUAGAACAAACUGAAGCCUACUUAUCAGAACACUCAAAAGAUGACACCUAUGUUAUAACAGAGGAUGUAAAACUGUGUUGCGACAUCCUGGACAGAUACAAGACAUUGGUUAUCAUCGCUAAAGCAGGAGGAGGAAAAUCUAAAAUAAGUCUUCAAAUAGCUAUGAUGUACCAAGAAAAACUGUAUACACCAAUGUUAUUUAUAAAUGAUGAAGUAUUAAGAAAGAGAGAGUUUAUUGAUUUUAAUGAAAAUAAUAUUGUAAUAGUAGAAGAUUUUUUUGGUAGAUCUAACAUUGAUUUCAAUGAAGAUCAACACAGGGGAAUACUUGACGUUCUUUUUUCUUGUAUCAAAAGAGAAUCGUGUAAAUCAAAAUUGAUAUUUACAAUACGAGGAAACGACAAGAUCAAACAAAAAUUAGUUGAAAAGCACAAAAUUUUCGAGAAAGAUAGUUUUAUUAAUUUGGACAAAGUACUUAGUUUCCACAGUAAAAACAUCAUUUUGUCAAAACAUAUGAAUAAGCAUGGUAUAUCUUUAUGUGAUUGUAUCCAAUUUGGAACUUGGUCACAAACUCUUCCCUCUUUGGUAGUAAAAAGAUGCCUUAAAGAUGUGUUUGAAACAAAGGAUAACUCAAUGAAGGUUUGUGUAUCAUUUUUUCACAAUAUAUGUCAGGGAAAUUAUGAAAUACAAAUAGGAUUUCCACAGGCUUGUCAUUUAUUUUGUAGCAACAAAAAUUUAACAAAACAGGGAAUGGCAUAUUUUAGACAUACAUCCCAAUCAUUAGUCAACGAAAUGAAUCAUUUUAAAAUACAAGGUUUUGAUAAUAAGCAGAUACAGUACCAAUUUUGUGUAUUAGUAUAUACGGCAAUGAAAAAUUCAAUUAAUUUUCAUGAUAUUGAUGAAAAAUGUUUUCAAAAUGUAUUAUCAUGUCUUUAUGGUGAAAGUCAUCAAGUGAAAAUGUCUUUACUAAAGGCAGCUGUUCUUAUGUUAGAAGGGAAGUACAUUAGCAGAAAAUCAGCAUCAUCGACUAGCGAGCAAUGCAAGCGUCCAACGAUUUCUAAUCAUUACGUUCUACAGCAUUACACCAUUCAAGAGGCUGUACUUAUAUCAUAUGGUGAGGACGCCGAUGUUUUAACAUUCUGUGAUUUUUGUUUUUUGCAAGAAUACAUAAGACCAAAAGGCUAUAUAGAUGAACUAAGUGACAGCAUGGUUUUAUCAUUCAUUGAUUAUAAACCACUUGUCAAAAGACUUAUCAGUAUGCUAUCAAUUGAUGAUAACACGUGUACAGGCGUUGGACGGUAUUUAAAAGUUGUAGCGUUGAUGCAUAGACGCGAUGAAAUAAUUCAAUUUUUCUUUCAAAAUAUAAAAGAUGUUAAACCCGAACAGUACACACGUCUUGUAAAUGGUUUAACAAAUUUUGGAAAAAAUGGAGCAUUGGUAGACUUUCAUCCCCAAUUGUGCAGGGAGGUAAUGAGGCAUGCCGGAUUGAAUGUUUUUCUUGCCUUCUGCAGACCAAUAGGUUGGGUGGACAAUGAUACAUAUUUCGUUGAAAUGGAAACUGAUUUUUUGAUAAAAACACUCAUUAAAUUCUUUAGCAGACUUGAUGAAAACGGUCAAGAAUCAAAGGAAAACAUUUCAGAAUAUUUUCGCUGUUUUUCUUUUUUGAAAUUGGGAUUGGGAAAUUAUCUAUAUGCAGUUGGUGACUACGUGUUUAAAAAGCUAAUGGAAAAAGGUUUUGUUCAUAUUGUAGAAUUGUUUUUAACAAAUUUGAAACAAAAUAUAUGGCAAAUUAGUCCAUUGGAUAUAAAGGAUUUUUUAGAUGGACUUUUAAAUGAAGGAAAGCGAUCAAGUAUUGUUUCACAAUUUAAAGAUUUUUUUGAAGCAGUGUUAUUUAAAUAUGGCAGCAUUCCAGCAAUUUUGCUAUUGUGUAGACCAUUAACUUCUUCUAUAUCAAGUCAAAAUAUAAUUAAAGUUGACGAUAAGUUUCUUGCAGGAAAACUCUCUGCCUAUUUUGAAUCGUCCUCUGGAAUCGCUUGUGGUUUUCAAAUGUCAACACCAGUUGUCCUUAGAGAAAACGGGACAUACUAUGUUUUCUGGGAUUACAAUUAUCUUGAAAUGAAGUUUAUUAAUGACAUCGCCCAAUAUAUUUCAAAACAUGGUUUUAAUUCAAAUAAUGACAAUUUCGUCCGAAUGAUGUAUGAGCAAUUCGUAUCGUACGAAAAUGAACAAAUCACUGAUGAAGACAGUAAUGACGAUGAUGAUCCCGAAAAUAGUACUGAUGAGGUAACAAAUCAAGAUGAUGCUGCAGACAAUUGUGCUGUCAACAAUAAAAAGGUAGUUUUUGAUGAUUAUCCAGGUGAUGAAUUUAGAGUGAAUGCAAACGGCAUGGUUAUUGGUAGUCAGGUGAUAAUUGGCUCCGUUAAAAAAGUAUAUGGCGAUACCCUGGAUUUUAACUAUAGAACGACUUACAGUCGACUUUUCAAGUUUUUAUCUUAUUUUGAGUUUCGAUCGAUCUUACCUUGGAGGACACCUGGUACCCUCAUGGGAUUACUAAAAAUGAAAUUUGAGUCUCUAUUGGACGCCAUUGAUCCAGAACGAAGUUCUUCAGGUUCCGAUUGUUGUGAUUAUUCCGAUGAUUCUGAUUAUGAAUUUGGUUAUUAAUUUGGCUUAUGUCGGCAUUCGCCCAAUCGAGGAAACUACUAAUUAAUCCAAGCAUUCCAUGACACAAAAUGUAUCGAAAUCUUCAUUUUCAUCAUUCCAUAAUAUUUAUUUAAGAUUCAUGCUUUGUACAUUUAGAAUAAUUUAUAUGAAACUGUAGGGGAUCUUCCGAAUUCCAAAUUACUUAAAGGACCUUAAACUAAUGACAUUUUCAUAUGUUAUCAAAUUAAACAUUGUCAACGGUCGUAAGUAAGUGUAGAGAUGACCUCUUGUUAGCAUUCUUUAUUUUAUAUUAUAAACAUAUCUUGUAUAGGAUUUAUCAUUGUUGUAAGUGGCAUGGACCUUGUAGACAAUAAUGUUGUUUUAAUCGGGUCAAUCAUAGUAAUUAAGAAGACAGUAGUUUAAUGAUGUUCAAAUCUCGUUGAUCGAUUCUGCGGAGACAAAUCAAGGUAACUUAAAAAAACCGAGGGAAUGUGAAUUGUAAACGUUUCCAUAAUUUAAUCGAAUACAAAUGUACGUUGAACGAAUGUAAAGUAACUUUACGUGUAGGUAUCAAAUGGUUGUAGACUAAUUAGUCUUCGAAACAUGUGUUAACUUUAUACAUGUAUUUGUACUAAUUUUGACAUAAAUGUUAACAACACUU